CGUGUAUCACCGCUGUCAGUGGUGUCUGUUCAUCUGCAGCAGCAGUGAAAUACAGCUUAAUCCAGAUCUGUUGGCAUUGCAGUUGUGCUGAUUGAGGCACCAUGGCUAUUUUAAUAUAUUUUUUUGUUGUUGUAGUGUUUUCUGGAGCAGCUUUUAGCCAAGAUAAAACGUAUGUCCUUACAGCACCAAAAGUCUUCCAAGUUGGGGCAUCUGAGAAAGUCGUAGUUCAAGCUUUUGGCUAUGUGAAGGAAUUUGCAGUCAAUCUUGCCUUAAGAAGCUUUCCAGAUAAGCUUGUUACUUAUUCUUCUGGCCACAUGUCUUUAAAUCCAGGCAACAACUUCCAAAGUUCUGUAACAGUAACACUUCAGCCAACAGAUUUAGGUGGCCCAGAGGACUCACUCAAGUAUGUGUAUUUGGAAGCUGUUUCUCCGCAUUUCUCCGGUCUAAAAAAAAUUCCUGUUUCCUAUGAGAAUGGAUUUCUUUUUAUUCACACAGACAAACCAGUGUAUACUCCAGAUCAGUCGGUGAAAAUCAGGGUUUACUCUCUGAACGACAAACUGCAGCCAGCUCACCGAGAAGCUGUCCUAACUAUUGUGGAUCCAGACGGAGUGAAAGUGGAUAUCCUAGAAGAAAAUGACUUUACUGGAAUAGUUUCUUUUCCUGACUUCAAGAUUCCUCCUAAUCCCAAGUAUGGAACUUGGAGGAUUGAAGCGAAGUACAAGAAAAUUUUCACAACUUCAGCUGUUGCAAAAUUUGAAGUUAAAGAGUACGCUAUGCCAAGCUUUUCUAUUGUCAUAGAGCCUGAAAAUAACUUCAUUAGUUCUGAUAAAUUUGAGAACUUCAGGAUUGCUGUGAAAGCUAGCUAUUUUUAUAAUAAAAAGCUUGCAAAGGCUGAUGUUUUUCUACGUUUUGGAAUAAUUGAAGGAACUGAAAAAAGAAUGAUGCCUCGUGCAAUGCUUGUAACUAAGAUCACAAAUGGAAUUGCUGAGAUCAAUUUUAACAGUAAGAAAGCAGUGAGUUCUUUAGGGUUUCAAAGCCUAGAAGAAUUGGAUGGGUCAUAUUUAUACAUUGUAGCAUCGGUAGCAGAGUCUAUGGGUGGCCUCAGUGGUGAAGUGGAAUUUUCUGGGGUCAAAUAUGCUGUAUCUCCUUACACACUGAGUUUGAUUGCUACUCCUCUCUUUAUAAAGCCUGGACUUCCAUUCUUCAUUAAGGUGCAGGUGAAGGAUACAGUGGAUCACUUUGUUGGAAACAUCCCUCUAAUUAUCACUGCAAAAUCCUUUAGUCAGCAGAUGGAUGAGACAGAGUUGAUUUCAGAAGGUUCCGAAUCUGGGAUAAGAGAAACAAACAUAAAUGAUGGAACUGCUUUAUUUGUUGUUAAUAUCCCAUCAGAUAGCAACCUACUGGAGUUUCAAGUAAAAACUGCUGAUCCACACCUUUCGGAUGAAAACCAAGCAACCAAAACCUAUGAAGCAAGAGUUUAUUCAUCCUUAAGUCAAAGCUAUCUUUAUAUUGACUGGGCUUCAAACCACAAAAUACUGAAUGUAGGAGAUUUCAUAAGUAUUAACAUAUAUCCACGAAGUCGAUACAUUCAUAAUAUAAAUCACUACAGCUAUUUGAUCACGUCAAAAGGAAAGAUAGUAAGCUUUGGAACUCAGAAGAGAAUUAAAGACUUGGAAUAUGAACAUCUGUCUCUUCAGAUAACUCAAGAAAUGGUUCCUUCAGCACGUCUUAUUGUUUACUAUAUUGUGGGAGAAGAACCUGCUGAGUUAGUAGCUGAUUCAGUUUGGCUAAAUGUUGAACAGAAGUGUGGGAGUAGUCUUGAUAUUAAGUUGCUAUCAAACGAAGAGACACAUAAGCCAGCAGAAGUUGUAUCCCUUAACAUAAGAACACAAUUCGAUUCCUUUGUUGCUUUGUCAUCUGUUGACAAGGCAAUAUAUGGAGUAACAGGAAGAGGAAAGAAAGCAAUGGAAAAAAUAAUGCUGAAACUGGAGAAGAGUGACCUUGGAUGUGGUGCUGGAGGAGGACAAAACAAUGUUGAUGUAUUUCGAAUGGCUGGGCUUACAUUUUUAACUAAUGCAAAUGCUGAUGAUUCAAAUGAAGCAGGUGAAAAGUGCAAUGAAGUUAUAAGAACCAAACGGUCUGACUUCGAGGAUCUAGUACUCAAAGAAGCAUCCAAAUAUAAACACGCAGGAAUUCGAAACUGCUGUAUGGAUGGAGUAAAAGCUUAUCCAAUAACUGAGACUUGCAGUGAUAGAGCUCGGCGAAUUCAGAGUCAUCCCAGGUGCAUUUCAGCAUUUGUAAGCUGCUGUGAAUUUGCAAACAGACUGCGGGAAGAAGAGCCUAGUAAGCUUCUAAUACUGGCAAGAAAACAAUUCGAGGCUCUCUUGGAACUAGACGAGGCAGAAGUUCGAAGCUAUUUUCCUGAAAGCUGGUUAUGGGAAGUUCAUCAAGUUUCUUCACGGUCAAAGACUUUGUCUGUCACUCUGCCUGAUUCGCUGACUACCUGGGAACUGCAAGGUGUUGGUAUUUCUAAUAAAGGUAUUUGUGUUGCUGCGCCACUGGAAGUACAAGUUGUAAAAGACAUCUUCCUUAGCAUUUAUGUUCCUUAUUCUGUGGUGCGAGGAGAACAAAUUGAAUUAAAAGGAUCCGUUUAUAACCAUAGAGCUUCUGCAAUUAAGUUCUGUGUUAAAAUAGCAACUGGGGAAGGAAUCUGUUCUUCUGGAGAUUCUGUGACUACUGGAGCAAGGAUGCACAACUGUAAAGUGAAGAAUUUGGGUGCUGGUUCUUCAUCGCCAAUUAUCUUCAGGAUUCUUCCUUUGGAAUUAGGUCUUCACACCAUCAACUUCACACUGCUGACAACUGGGAGCAGUGAAACUGUAGUUAAAACAUUACGUGUAAUGCCAGAAGGCAUUAAAAAAGAACUUAAUGCGGGUUUCACUUUGGAUCCACAAGGUGUUUAUGGUUCAAUCAAGAGACGACAGGAAUUUCGUUAUAAAGUUCCACUAAACCUGGUCCCUAAAACAAAAAUUGAUAGAAGUGUCAGUGUAAAAGGACAUCUCAUGGGUGAAGUAAUUGCCACAGUCCUCAGUCCUGAAGGUCUUAGUAUUCUUACAACUCUGCCAAAGGGCAGUGCAGAGGCAGAGCUCAUGAGUAUUGCCCCAGUAUUUUAUGUGUUUCAUUACUUGGAAGCAUCAAACAACUGGCGUGUGCUGGGUCCUGAAACCUUAACGUCAAGAACUCAAAUGAGGAGGAAGAUGAAAGAAGGAAUUGUAAGCGUCUUGUCAUUCAGAAAUUCUGACUUCUCAUACAGCAUGUGGAAGAAUAGGAAAGCUAGCACAUGGUUGACAGCUUUUGCUUUAAGGAUUCUUGGACAAGUUAAUCAAUAUAUAAACCUUGAUCAAAUUUGUUUGUGGUUGAUUGAUAACUGCCAAAUGCCAGAUGGGUCAUUCAGAGAAUUUUCAGAUUAUCAACCAGUGAAACUACAGGGUACAUUACCCACAGAAGCUAAAGAAAAAUCUUUGUAUCUCACAGCAUUUUCUGUCAUUGGCAUUGAAAAAUCAAUUAAAAUAUGCCCUACUCAGAGAAUCCAUGAUGCUAAAAAUAAGGCAGGAGAUUAUUUGUUGAGAAAUUCACACUCUGCUCAGAGCCCCUUUACGAUGGCAAUAAUUUCAUAUGCUUUAGCUCUUGUGGAUUUGAAUCAUCAGGCUGCAAGGUCACUGUUCUCUGCUCUGAAGAGGGAGGCAUCUGUCAUAGGUGAUCCUCCUAUCUAUCGCUUUUGGAAAGAUGGUUUUAAAACAUCAGACCUAUAUGCUCCCAGCUCUGUUACUGCACAAAUGGUUGAAACUACAGCAUAUGCUUUGCUUACUGCUUUGUUAAGAGGAGACAAGAACUAUGCUGAUCCAAUCAUCAAGUGGUUGUCUGAAGAACAAAGAUAUGGUGGUGGAUUUUACUCAACUCAGGAUACUGUGAAUGCUCUUGAGGCCUUGACUGAAUAUUCCCUUCUUGUCAAACGGCUUCAUCUGGACAUGGGUGUUAAGGUUGCAUACAGAAAUCAUGGAGAUCUUCAUCUAUUUAAACUGACAGAAGAUAAUUUUGUGGGAAGAGCUCUGGCAGUACCUUUGGAGGAUGACAUAUAUGUAAGCACUGGCAGCAGCACUGGCAUCGCUACAGUGAAUGUAAGGACAGUAUAUAAUGUAAUGGGCACUUCUGAAGAGUCAUGUAACUUUGAAUUGAAGAUAGCUCCAAAGACAGAUGAUGGUUACAGCGGAGUAGAUGGUGAGCCACUUGGGCGCUUAGAGGCUUGUGCGAAGUACAGGCCCCGCACAAGGGAGCCACAGUCAGGAUCUGCUCAUGUGGUGAUGGACAUAAGUUUGGUUAGUGGUUUGGAAGCAAAUACAGAAGACUUAUCUACUCUUGCAAGUGGAGUUGAUCAGUUGAUAGCUGACUAUGAGAUAAAAGAUGGGCAUGUUAUUCUGCAGAUAGACUCUGUGCCAGCUGACCGCUUCCUCUGUGUUGGGUUCCGAAUAAGUCAGCUUUUCCAUGCUGGAAUGCUAAAUCCUGGCACAUUCACUGUAUACGAGUAUCACGCACCUGAUAAAAGAUGCACUGUAUUUUAUAACCCAUAUGGAAAUGAAAAACUUGUGAGGUUGUGUGAAGGAGAUGAAUGCAAAUGCAUGGAAGCUGAGUGUGGCAAAGUACAAGAAAGACUGGAUCGGUCAAUAACUGCUGAUACCAGGAGAGAAGUUGCAUGCCAGAAUGAUAUUGCAUAUGUUUACAAAGUGAAAAUCUUAUCUCGAAGUGAAGAAGGUUACUUUGUAAAGUAUUCUGCAACUAUUCUUGAUUUAUACAAAAGAGGACAGGCUUUUGCUCAAAAAAAUAAUGAAGUUACCUUUGUUAAAAAAAAGUCCUGUACUGAUGUUGAGCUGAGCCCAGGAACGCAAUAUUUGAUCAUGGGAAAAGAAGCCUUAAAGAUAAACAUUGGUUACAGUUUCAGGUUCCAGUAUCCUUUGGACUCCAGCACAUGGAUUGAGUGGUGGCCUUCGAAUACAGCAUGUACAUUUUGUCAGGAGUUUUUAAACAGAAUGGAAGACUUUGUUGAAGAUCUCAUCAUCAGUGGCUGUUGAUCUAUGUGAAGAAUUUUUUAAUUAAAAAUACAGAUCACAUCUCAUUAAAAAUUCCUCAGUUGUUUAGUAA